AGGUGGGGAUGGGGCCGGUGCGGCUGCUGGCAGUAGCCCUCACCUGCUGCUGGUGGCCGCAGGGCAGCCAGAGUAAGACCCUAAGGGGCAGCUUCAGCAGCGCCGCGGCCCGAGACGCUCAGGGCCAGAGCAUCGGCCACUUCCAGUUCCACGGUGACCAUGCUCUCCUGUGUGUCAGAAUCAACAACAUAGCAGUAGCUGUAGGAAAAGAAGCUAAACUUUACCUGUUCCAAGCCCAGGAAUGGCUGAAGCUGCAGGAAAGCAGUCAUGAUUACAGCUGUCAUGAAAAAUUAUCCAGAGCCCAAUUGACAAUGACCAUGAACCAGAGUGAACGUAAUAUGACAGUGUCCCAGAUUCCAUCUCCACAAACGUGGCACGUGUUCUAUGCAGACAAGUAUACAUGCAGAGUUGAUGAGGAGAAUUCGCAAGUGGAAGAUAUCCCAUUUGAAAUGGUGUUACUAAACCCAGAUGCUGAAGGAAAUCCGUUUGAUCAUUUUGGUGCUGGAGAAUCAGGGUUACAUGAGUUCUUUUUCCUCCUAGUCCUAGUGUACUUUGUGAUUGCUUGCAUUUAUGCUCAAUCAUUGUGGCAGGCUAUUAAGAAAGGAGGACCCAUGCACAUGAUUUUAAAGGUCUUGACAACUGCACUGCUGUUGCAAGCUGGUUCAGCUUUAGCUAAUUACAUUCAUUUCUCCAGUUACUCCAAAGACGGAAUCGGGGUACCUUUCAUGGGAAGCUUGGCAGAAUUUUUUGACAUCGCUUCCCAAAUUCAGAUGUUAUACCUGCUUCUGAGUCUGUGCAUGGGCUGGACCAUAGUUAGGAUGAAGAAGUCUCAAAGCAGACCUCUCCAGUGGGAUUCGACCCCUGCAUCCACUGGCAUCGCCGUGUUCAUUGUCCUGACACAGAGUGUCUUGCUACUUUGGGAACAGUUUGAAGAUACCGGUCAUCAUAGCUCCCAUUCACACCACAACUUAGCAGGGAUCCUUCUGAUCGUUUUAAGAGUUUGCCUGGCAUUGUCAUUAGGCUGUGGACUCUAUCAGAUCAUCACAGUGGAGAGGAGCACACUCAAAAGGGAAUUCUACAUCACAUUUGCUAAAGGCUGUAUCUUAUGGUUUUUGUGCCAUCCAAGUCUGGCAUGCAUUUCUGUCAUUUUUAAUGACUACCAAAGAGAUAAGGUUAUUACAAUAGGUGUUAUCCUUUGCCAGUCUGUUGCCAUGGUUAUCCUCUACAGACUCUUUCUCUCCCACAGUCUAUACUGGGAAGUCUCUUCCCUUUCCUCAGUAACACUACCACUGACCGUAUCGUCUGGACACAAAAGCCGCCCUCAUUUCUGAUACUUGAUUUCUGUGGAAAAGAAAAGUGAAUUGGUUAAGAGUGCAAUAAGGAUCCAAAUACAGUGACUUUUUUUUCAUACAUUUGGUAUGAAAAAUUGAAUAGCAAAAGCAGAGCAUGUUUCUAUAUAACUGCAUUUAAGCAGUACCAAAACUGAAACAAGGUAAUAACUGAAAUGUUUUAAAAUAUAUGUAAACAAUAAACUUUUAGGAAAUUCUGUUGUUAUAAGUGAUUGAAGCAAUUUCCAUAUGGAAAUAAACAUGAAACAGAAUUAUAUGACAUUUUGGUAAGGCACCACUUGCAAUGCCUCAUCCUACAUCCAUAGCUAACUCAGGUUUGAUAGUCUUGUAAAAAGUAAUCAGUUAAAUGAUUACUUGCUUUUAUAUAUCUAAACUGGUCCAGUUAUGAAAUCAGUGAAACAGACUGAUUUUAAAAACUGCUUCUUUUUUUUUGUUUGUUUGUUUGUUUGUUUUAAGGAAAAUGCAUUUGAAGGAACUGAAAGUGAAAUUACUUCAGGGAAUGAAUAUAAAAUAUGUUCAUGGUUAAAUGGAUGAGCUUUUGUUUUUCGUGGGAGGGGUUGUUCUUGUAUAUUUUUCUGUCUUUUUGGGGCUCUAGUUCAGGUUUUAGCUUGAUUAGCAAAGCACUUUUGACAAAUAGUUCCUGAAAAAUAAAACUUAGAUUUAUUACAUGGGUGGUAAAGAAAAGGAGUUUUAAAAUUUAAGCACUUGGCUGAAGGGGCAAGCAGGUUUUUGUGUUUUAAAAAGAAAGAAGGAAAAGGUACUGUGUGAUAUGGCACUAAAAUUUUAAUCCCGAUAUAAUUCGUUUCUCUUACAUUGAAUCCCCAGUCAUAAUUAAGCCGUAUACACAGAUUAAAUUAACAGAAGCAUUUCACAUAAAUGUUGGUUUCAGUCUUCAACUACCCAUGAAUUCCUGCCCAAGGAUGCUUAAUCAGGAUUAAAUUUCCUAUGAAUAAUUGAAAAACAAAAUACUCACUGGAUUUGCUAUAAUCCGUGUUGGCACUGGAUUUUAAGUAGUUGCCAUCUUGAAUCCUUUGUAAUAAAGCCAUAUUUGUGUGUGUGUGGGUGGGUGUGUGUGGGUGCAAAAGAGAGAGAUGCCCAUAAGGGAGAGAGGAAGAGAAAGAGAAAUGCUCCAUUACUUACCCACUAUGAGUAUGCUCACUAAAAUGUACUUUAUCAAGUGCCUGAUAAAAAAUUGCCAAAUGGGUGUCAAUACCUAUUGUGUGUGAAUAUCCCAUUAAUAUAGUCACUGAUUGGCAAUCAUUCCAUUGCUGUUUGUCAAGUCGUUCAGGCCUUUUCAUUUUUACCUCUGGCUUACUUAAAAUUUUUUUUUAUCUAUUUAUUACAUUUUUAAGCAAGAAGUAGUACUCUGAUCUAGUAAUUAUACUUUUACAUACUUAAAAUAAUGUAGUACAAUUUCAGAAUAUCUAUGGCUUUGUCUUUGUUUUUCACUUCCAUUUUGACUCACUGGAAAUGAAUAGCAUUCUGCUUCAAUUUAAAGGCAAAAUACAUGUGCAGGGGACUAGCAAAAUGGGAAAGCAACGGCAUUCAGCCUGCUCAUUAAAUCAUCUCUCUAAUAGUUUUUUGUAAAUCAUUUGGUCAGCGAGAGCCAGAGAUGAACACUUGGAAGUCUGAGAUGGGCUUCAGCUUACAUGUCUGCUAGGUGGUCAGAACCAUUAGCUUUACUCUGGCUCACCAGUACCCCAGUUCUUGUGUGUUGUGUUCAACCGAGGCAAUUAAUUAACCUACAAAGCAAAAAAAAAAAAAAAAAAAAAAAGCCUUUUCAUAAUUGUGAAGUUGCAGCAAUGAGAAGGAAAUAAUGUCAUGUUAUUUUCCUCAGAGAAUAGUCGCCGUCAUCAACAUACAUGACAUUUAAUGCUAUGCAUGCAGUUAUGAAGCUUAAAACAGUGUUUUGUUUACUUUAAUUAUAUUUUAACUUAUGGUUGCAAUUGCUGAUAAUUUAUUUUGUUACUCAAGAGCCAUUGUUAAGUGAAGGAAAACAGUUGUUAAUAAAUGUAGUACACUGUCUGUGAUUGGCAAUCAGGGACACGAGUUCCAGUUGCCAAGUCAUGACACGAUAUCCAUUGUGUGUCCGCUGAGAUUCAGCCCUGCAGACUGCAGAGACACGUGUAUACUGCGAACUCUAAUUAAAGAUUUUAAACAUU